UCUUCCCUCGUCAUCUUCAUUACUUUAAUUGCCUAAAAAAGUAUCUGUUUCUAUAGAACCUCUUAACUUCAGUGCUUCAAUGGUGGUUCUCAAGUUCGUGUUCUUCAAGUUACAGACGUGAUCGAGAUUCUCGAGAAGAAACGGCGUGCGUGACUAGAAAAAAAUAAAUUAAAAAGACUCAUAAAGCUCAGAUCUGGAGUCCCAUCAUCAUCAUCAUCUUCACAAAGAACCAGCAAUGGAAGCUUGGAGGGUUUCUCUAUGUUUCUUCUCUCUCUAUCUGAUCAUCUCCGGAGCAGAAGCAGAUCCUUUACAAGACAAACGCGCGUUACUCGAGUUUCUAACCAUCACGCGCCCAACACGCUCGCUCAACUGGAACGAGACCACUCCCCUCUGCAAAAACUGGACAGGAGUCACUUGCAACCGCAACGAAUCUCGAAUUAUAGCCCUUAGAUUGCCAGCGAUCGGACUCAACGGUCAGAUUCCACCCAACACCAUAAGCAGACUCUCCGCUCUCAGAGUCCUCAGCCUCAGAUCCAACAGACUCUCAGGCCCAUUCCCUAUGGGCCUCGCCGGGCUUAAAGACUUGGGCUUUCUUUACCUCGAGGACAACGACUUCUCCGGCCCGUUGCCUCUGGACUUCUCUGUUUGGAAGAAACUCGUUAGCGUGGAUCUCUCGAAUAACAGAUUCAAUGGAACAGUUCCUGUCUCUCUCUCUGGUCUGAAACGGUUACAGUCGUUGAACCUCGCUAACAAUUCUCUCUCCGGUGUGGUUCCUGAUGAGCUGAGUGGGCUCUCUAGUCUGAAAGUGAUUGAUCUGUCUAACAACAAUCUCCACGGACCGUUACCGAGCUGGCUGCUAAGGUUCCCGCCGUCUUCUUACCAAGGCAUUGGUGAUGACGUCACUCACUUUCAACCACCUCCUGAACCACCGACUCGAAAGAAGCCUAAAGGAGUCACUAAGACGGUCUUCCUCCUCAUCGUUAUCUCUGUAUCGAUUGUACUACUCGCGGUUUUAGCGUUUGUGUUUGCGCUUUGUUACUUGAGGCGCAAGUUAAGGAUUGUUAAGGACCAUAAGCUGCAGAAGAAAGGCGGUAUGUCUCCGGAGAAGUUUGAUUCGAGGAUGGAAGAGGCUAACAACAGGCUGUCUUUCUUCGAAGGAUGCAGCUACUCGUUCGAUCUCGAGGAUCUGUUGAGAGCUUCCGCUGAGAUUCUUGGUAAAGGCACGUUUGGGACGACGUACAAAGCGGUUCUCGAGGAUGCGACUUCCGUAGCUGUGAAACGGCUUAAAGACUUUGCGGCUGGGAAACGCGAUUUCGAGCAGCAGAUGGAGAUUAUUGGAGGGAUUAAGCACGAGAACGUUGUGGAGCUUAAGGCUUAUUAUUACUCCAAAGACGAGAAGUUAAUGGUUUAUGAUUACUUCAGCAGUGGAAGUGUGGCUUCUUUGCUUCACGGUAACCGAGGAGAGAACCGGGUUCCGUUGGAUUGGGAAACGAGGAUGAGGAUUGCGAUUGGUGCGGCUAAAGGGAUCGCUAGGAUCCACAAAGAGAACAAUGGGAAGCUCGUACAUGGGAACAUCAAGUCUUCGAACAUAUUCUUGAACUCAGAGCGUGAAGGAUGCGUGUCUGAUCUUGGUUUAACAGCUGUAAUGAGCGCAUUGGCUCCACCCAUCUCUAGGCAAGCUGGUUACCGUGCGCCGGAAGUAACAGAUACAAGGAAGUCUUCUCAACUCUCAGAUGUUUACAGCUUCGGCGUCGUAUUACUCGAGCUACUCACUGGAAAAUCCCCCAUUCACACUACCGCAGGAGAUGAGAUUAUACAUUUGGUUCGAUGGGUACAUUCGGUAGUGAGAGAGGAAUGGACUGCGGAGGUUUUUGAUGUGGAGCUUCUUAGGUAUACAAACAUAGAGGAAGAGAUGGUUGAGAUGUUGCAGAUUGCUAUGUCAUGUGUUGUCAAAGCACCUGACCAGAGACCGAAGAUUUCUGAUUUGGUUAGGCUUAUGGAGAGUGUUGGAAACCGACGAGCCAGUCUUGAGACUAAACCAGAGAAGGAGGCCUCCGAGACUUCGACGCCGAGUGAAACUUGAUGAAUCUACAAAAAAAUGAAGAAACUGUUGAUAUAUGAAGUUUGUAUACUCUCUUCUGUUGAUCCUCUCUUCUUCGGUUAGAACCGGUUUAAUUAAACACAUUUCUGGUUAGGGAUUCUUGGUUUUUGCAAAAUUCAGUAUGAAUGAAUUGAGGAAAACAGAAAAAGAAACAUCUCUAGUUUCAGAAACU